UUACCAAUUACCGGAGGGAUAUAAUAUAAAUAGUAGCGAAUUAACAAAGAGAAGUUGAAAGUGAAAAUUAGGGUUUUGUUUAUUGUACUAGUUGUUGCCAACCAACGAGGAUGAUUUACGACGUGAAUUCGCCGCUUUUCCGAUCGUUCCUCAGCCAGAAGGGAGGUGCAUCUGACAAGAGGAAAACAGAAGAGCAGAAGCCCAAGGAACAGAGGCCAAAAGCAAGUGAAAACAAGCCUGUUAUGAAUGAAUGA